AUGGGAAAACUCACUGAUGAACGCAAGCGGGAGCUGUGGGGGCAGUUUAUCAACGUGAAUCUUGGUCUCAAGUUCGAUGGGUCAAUCAGCACAAACGGGUAUUCCAUUACCAUCCACUUCAAGAAGCCAGGGCUCAAGUAUGGGUAUCGGGCCCGGAAGCGCAGCAAGGCCCAAAUGCGGGAAGAAGUCAAACAGCUGUAUUUUGAGCACCACAUCGCCAAACUAAGGGAGGCUCCAAACAUCGUCAGCAUUGAUCCGGGCAAGCGUGACCUCUUGUUCUGUCCAGACAUCAAGAAGGAGCGGCCAUUUAGAUACACAUCCAAUCAACGGGCGGUCGAGACAAAGUCUCGGUACUUUCAAAGAGACAUGAGAGAGCGAAAGAUCAAUGCCGGCAUCGCUGAGAUGGAAUCACAUAUUCCGUCGCACAAGAGCAUGAACAUCGAGGCGUUCUCAGCGUUCAUUGUGGAUCACGUACAUGCGGAUCCCGCCCUGGAUGAGUUUUACCGGGAUGAGAUUCACGUCGCUCGCAGAUUCAAGGCGUUCUCACUGCGGCAAAAGUCUGAGAGCAAGCUCAUUAAGAACAUGCGACGCCGGUAUGGAAAGCAUUUUUCGGUCAUCUUGGGUGAUUGGAGCGAUGCUGGGAAAACGAUGCGCUUUCAGGAGUCAUCAAAGACCAAGGGAUUCCGCACACUCUUUGCAAGAAACAGCAUUCCAUGUUACUUGCUAGAUGAGUAUCGAACGUCGUCCGUGUGCCCCAACUGCCAAGGUCGUGUGAAGAAAAACAUCCGACGACGGCUAUCACCUCGGCCGUGGCAAGCUAGAACGGGAAGAAUGGAAUACGUCCAUGGAUUGGUGGGUUGCCCCAACCCCGAAUGUAUCAACCAAGACUGGACGCCAUUUGAGAUUCCUGGAAGACGACCACGACCACUACGACUACGGAUGAAAAUGCACAAUCGGGAUGUCCUAAGCACCAAGAAUUUCCUCUCGAUUUAUCUGUGUGUAGCGGGAGCAGACGGAAAGCCACGAGAAACCGAAGUGUUCCGUCGGACGCGUCGCGCCGGCUGCAGGAGGGGAAGACCGGACGGGGCUUGGCGCUCACAACUCCCCCAGAACUCACCCCUCAACGGGACGACGGCGACGGCGACGACGACGAGCAGCAAACGCAACCCUCCUUAUUAUCCCGCAGAACCCACAAAGUCCAACUCGCUCCAACGCCCCCCCAUAUUUCAUAUCCCGCCACCAGUCCCAAAAAUGGAGGAACUCCGCGCAAUCUUCCCCGACACAGACGCGGAAGUCCUCGACGCCGUGCUGGCCGCCAACGGCAACAACGUCGAGCAGACCAUUAACGCGUUGUUGGAGAUGCAGAACCCGGCCUCCAAUACCGCCACGGACGCGUUGUAUGGCGUGCCUGGGGCGGGUGCAGCAGGGGGGAAUAUCAAUGUGCAUGAUGAUGAAGCGCUCGCGAGGUCGUUGGCGCAACAGGAGCAAGAUGAGGAGCUGGCGAGGCGGUUGGAGCAGGAGGAGAGGGAGCAGGUUCAGGCCAUGCAACGUCAACAACAGGCAGCCGAUUCCGACCCCGGCCCCACCUUCCGCGAAACAAAAGAAAAAGUCGUAGCCGGCGCAACAGCACUCGGCGAAACCGCCAAAAAAAAGUUCAAGGAACUCUACCAGGCCUUCCAGCCCAAAGACGGCGGCGCAUCAUCGACCGCAGCGAAUGCGCCGCUGGCGAGACAGCAGUAUAAUAAUCUGCCGGAGGAUGAUUUUGAGCCGUUGGGGGUCGAGGACGCGAGGCUGGUGGGGCCGGGGUCGGGGGUCGGGGCCGUUGGAAAUGCACGCCCACCGCCGAGUAACCCUGCGUAUCCCGACCCGCGAGGUCCGUAA